AUGGCACAGCCGCCUACCACGAUGAAACCCACCUUUGUUCUUGCCGUCUUGUUCUCCACUCUGGUCACCUGUCUCCCUCAUGCUCGUCGCUAUGACAUUUCGUCGAACACCACUGCAGACUCUUAUGACUACGUCGUCGUUGGUUGCGGUAUCUCCGGCCUCGUCGUCGCCACGAGGCUGAGUGAGGACCCUAACGUCUCUGUCAUAUGCAUCGAAGCUGGCUCUCUCGACCACCACGAAGACAUGAUCGAAAUCCCUGUCUUCAUUGGCGAACAACCACCGGACUUCUACGCCUACAACCUGUUAACCGUCCCACAAUCCCAACUGGACAACCACACACGCAUCCUCCCCAUGGGUAGAGGCGUCGGCGGCGGCAGUCUCAUCAACGGCAUGAUUUGGAACCGCGGUAACCAAGAAGACUUUGACCUGUGGUCCGAAUUGGGAAAUCCAGGCUGGGACUGGAACAGUUUGUUGCCCUAUUUUCAGAAAUCCGAAACGUACACGCCUCGAACCUAUCCAAACCUCACAUACCAGCCCGCGAGCUUUGAUCCGGCCAUCCACGGCUCUUCAGGUCCUCUGCAGGUUAGCUAUCCGGCGUACUACUGGCCGCAAACGGAUGCCUGGUUCACCGCCAUCAAUACCCUUGGUGUUCCACCGUGCGUCGACCCCAACAAGGGCACGUCCGCUGGAGCGUACUUCCUCCCCGUGUCUCUGGAUCCAGCUACCCAGACUCGCAGUGACGCUCGACGUGCGUACCACGAUGCAGCCGCCCAUCGGCCGAAUUACCACAUCCUCACGAACACGCAAGUGGUGCGUGUCAUCUUUAACAACGGUACGACGAAUUCGACACCCGACGGCCGUCAUGAUACCCCGCUGGCCGUUGGCGUGGAGAUGCUCGGCGGUCGUAUUGUAUACACAGGCAGGGAACUCAUCCUUGCCGCCGGCGCCAUUCACACACCCCAGAUCCUUGAGCUCUCUGGCAUCGGCGACGCGAAUGUAUUGUCGGCCCUUAACGUACCGGUCGUCGUGGACCUGCCUGGCGUCGGGAAUAAUCUGCAGGAUCACGCGCUGCUCAGGUUGGAGUACCCUUACCAAAGUUCUAUUCCCAACCCGUCAUGGCUCCUGACAAACUCGACCUUCAACACCAGCGCCGGCGAAGAGUACCUGUCCAGCCGCACCGGCCCAUGGACGUCCAAGCCCAGCACAGCAGUUGCAUUCCCGUCGCUGGCGCAGAUCAAGAACGCGAGCCACGCUCUCGACAUGAUCAGCACGGCUGCUGCCACACAAGACCAAGCCCAAGACCAAGAUCAGUCCUAUCCCUCCACGUACAGAGAAUCCACUAUCCGCGCCGGAUACGAGGCGCAAAUCAGCCUUGUCCUGCAGAACUUACGCUCGAACGACACGCCCGCAUACGAGAUCCUAAAUGACAAUUCAGGAGGAUUGGACAUCGCACUCAUGCGGCCCCUGUCCCGUGGGACAACACACAUUAUCAACAGCCGCGAUCCGACCGUCGCUCCGGCCGUCGACCCACGCUGGCUGAGUCACCCGUUCGAUUUCGAGGUCAUGAUCCUGGCCAUGCAGUUUAACCAGCGGAUCUUGGACACGCCUAGUAUUAGCGCGUUGAUGCCGUCGUAUGAAGAGGACGACAACAUCUCGGGUACUACUAUCCCAGCGUGCCCCGCCAAUAACGCAACGCGGGAACAACUCGAAACCGUGCUGAGACGCGGCGUGAAUACAGAGUACCACUACUCCGGCACGUGUGCGAUGCUGCCGAGGAAUUUGGCCGGCGUGGUCGACAGUGCCCUGCGAGUGUACGGCACACAUGGGCUGAGAGUCGUUGAUACGAGCGUCUACCCCGUGGUUCCGGGGGCGCAUUUGCAAGCUGUGGCCUAUGCGGUCGCCGAGAGAGCGGCGGAUAUCAUUCGCGGACGAAGCCUGACCGGUACGACCGGUUCUACCGGUACCGACACAGCUGAUGACGCGAAAAUGCCGCUGUGA